AUGUCUCUUCCCGCGAAACAAUCUCGGCGAACCGACCAAUGGGGCAAUCCUAUCCUGCCAGCAGAUUACCAUGGCUUCUCACGCAUCAUGUGCAAUGAAUAUCUUUGCGACAUGGUCCUGGAAAACAUGGAUAACCCUCCCACCCUCUGGAGUUUACUAAAUAUCAGCCGUAGCAUCCGCGCGUGUCUUCUCACCUACCAUUUCCACCGCUACAGACGCAUCAUAGUCAUGAGGAUAUUCAUGCCCUCGCAUUGGGUCAUGCCUCAUCCGACGAAUUGGACCCUACGGGAUGAAAAAUACAGACGUCGAAUGAUCGAUAGCGGACGUUGGCCUAAGAACAAAAAAUACUUUGCACGCUUCACUGAUUUCAACUUCGAAGAACUCGUAAUCGGCAAGGUUCUUCGAAUCCCUUAUUGGGUUGCUCCGACUAUGGAUACCGGUUAUGUUGAAAAAAUGACCGGUUUGGGUCUAUACCUGACUACUUUAAUCCUAGAUGGCACUGCAGUUACUGGUCGUGGUCUCUUCGGUUCUGUAGCUCAACCUCUGAGCAAUGACGUGUAUCGUACUUCGCCGGGUCUAAUCAGCUAUAUCGCUCAUCACCUCGAACACCUCUCGAUAAAGAAUUGUCCCAAUAUUCAACACUCCGAUAUCGCAAUUUACUUGCUCCUCCCACCGUCUGAUAACUGUCAACUAUCAAAGCUUACUACCCUCCGCUGUUUCAACUGUGGCGAAGCACCUACCGAUGGCCCAUUCCACAACCUACCAGGCUAUGGCUCCAAAAACCUCGUAGUCCAAAAAUCAGACAACAUUCUAAAUAUCCAAAUCCUCGGUCUUCUAUUCACACGCCUGAUCCCUCUCCGUCAUCACUGGUCAGUUUCACUCCAAUUAAGCCUCCCUGCUUUUGAUCUAGAUGGCGCUGCAAAACGACAAGCCAAAAUCCGUUUCGAAAACCUCUUCAAAGCAGGCUGGUUUAAUGCCAAAACUCUUACACGUUUCCCACCGCCGGUAGAACUCCCCCUGCCGGAAUCGGAUAUUUUGAUACCCGGCCCCUUCGGUGGUUUUAUCGCAGCAAUGAAUGAAUCUUUAAUGCUCAAGUCAAUCUCUUUCUUUCGAAAUAUAAAGCUUGAUUGGUGUUUAUGCUGCAUGGGAGCCUCCUGUGUGACUUUCGCUCAAAAGUCAUUUACGCCAGCAGCGAGGAUAAACAGCCGUACCGGUCGAACAGUCCAGCUCGGAAACCUCUAUGGUGCCGUCACCGGUGGUAAAAUUCGUCGAAAGGAAUACUUUCACGUAGUAGACGGAAUUAGACCUCGCGUACCCGUUGCACUAACCACCCUCCUACCGGGGAAAUACAAAACGCACCUCCCAAUCGACGAGGAAAACUUCCCAGAAAGAACCUCGCAUUUUCCGGCACGACCGGAAUGCAGUCAUGCACCGAAUGAUCCACCCAAAGAGGGACAUCCGGAUGAGAUAAAGAAGUAUAGGCCCCGGUUCGCAAGCUUGGCGGGUAUGGUGCCUGGACCUGAUUAUGAAGACCCAGAUGGUGAAGGGGAUAAAACCUUUACAGUUACGGGAUUAUCGGGCGAAGGGCUACAUACACACUCGUCCACAGGGACAGCAGCUAGACGGGAGAAAGGAGGGAAAGUCUGCGUUAACUGCGGGUUAUGGGAGUAUGAGAAUUAUGUCUGGACAUACGAAGAACCGGACAGCGAAGACGAAGAAAUGGAAGACGAGCCAAAUGAGGAAGAGCAGGAAGAAGAAGAAGAAAAAGAGCAGAAGCCUAGGAAGACAAAACCUGUUAAGGUGAAAGACCCGGGAAGACAAAUUAUAGGUGAAUUGUGUGAAGUUUGCGUACCGUUUUUCACCUGUGGGGACUGUGGAGAUUUCUACUGCCCCUCCUGCCUCAUCGCACCACGUGAAGGCGACCGUCCAAACCCUUGGGCCAGCAGCCCUCCACAUCCCGACCUCAUGCGCCACCCCUGCGACAUCCACGGCGGAGAACAAUUCCUAAAAGACCACAAUGUUGUAAUGAGAAAAGACGAAUACUCCUGCUUCACCUGCCAAACAUGUUUCGAGUACCAACUCGCCUGGGCUAAAACGGAACAAGACAGGGUCGAAGUAUGGAAAUACGUUGGAGUAAAUAUACUCCAACGAGAGAUGACAGAAGUCAAAGCCAAAGAAUUGGAAUACGGCAUCGAUGCCGACAUUCAACAAAGAAGAAAAGAAAGUAUCUGGGGUAGCUAUUCUGCUCCUAAGAAAAAGAAGCGCCGUCCCAAAGUCGGAGAAGAGAUGCCUAUCACUAUUGAACAGAAGAAGGAUCCAGAUUCCUCGGAUUUCGAAAGUGACAAUUCGGAUGAGGCAUCUUCCACAUCAUCGGGUUAUUCUUCGUCUUCCACCCAACCUGAAAAGUCUGGCAAAAACCAUCCGAUUAUCAAGGCAAUAGAUGCGUUAUACCCCCUCCUCGGCAACUUAGUCGGUCGCAGCACAUCAACCCCGCACGGCACAGCAGAAUUAAUGAAAGCAAUGCGCCUCGCCAGGAAGAACAUCCUCGCCAGGAAACUAGCAGAACAAAGCUACAGACUAAAGAGACAGAACAUGAAACAGGCCCGCAAAAGAGUUAAGAACGCAGAAGAUCCUGCAAUAAACGAUCCGAUUUUGAGAGAUAGCCAAAGUGAUCACAUGCGCGGAAUAAACACACAUAUUAUUCCCGCCGGGCAGCAAACCGCAACGCCAUUGAGGAAUGUGGCGGAUGAGAUUUCAGAUGGGAACGUUAAAGAGGGCUUUGAUUGGGUGCCAUCGGAUAUGGAUAGAAUAUACUGGGAAAGUAAGGUCAACGACAUAAACAGCGACUACUACCUCACAGGGCCAGAUCUCACAAGAAUGGAUUUUGAGAUUGAGGAAGAAGAAAAGAAUGAAAGGAAGAGGAAGAGAAGUUGGGCAAGACAUGGCACCAAAGGGGUAGAUUGGAGGCUUGGAUACCUUCCCGACGAUUGGAGUGGGGAAAGAAGCAAGGCUAACAAGAGGGAAAAGGAGGAGAGCAGCAGCGACGAAGACAAUAUCAUGAUAGUGACGAAAGAUGGGAGGAAAAAGGUCACGAGCUUAAAGAUAUUGAGAUUGGCAAUCAAGAAGCUAAAGCUUAGUGGCAAGGACAAAAAAAUUGACCAGAAGUCGGUGAAAUUUGUAAAGAUAGUUCCAGAGGGUAAAAAGAGGCAAUUUAAGACACCAGGCAAGUUGUGGGUCGCAAAGGAAGCAGAGCGCAAGCAGGAAGAAGAAGAAGAAGAAGCCAAGAAACGUGCAGGAUUAAGAGGAAUCGCGAGGAGAAAAAUCCUGAAAAAGGCUGCUAGAGCUGAGAAGAAGAGAAAAUUGAAGGAAAAGAAAGCUAGUACUACAGAAGACGUUACGACAGGCGAAGUAACGGAGAUGAUGCGGGAUUUGAAUGUAGCCACCGAGGCAGGUACGGUAGAACCAGCGGAGCGGAUCAGGGGACGCCGAGUAAGAUUCGCAGAGGUAGUCGGUCAGGCCCCACCCGGAGUGACUCGUCGUGCCCCUGCCGUGCUCGACGGAAGAGAAAGAGAAAUCUAUCAGGAGGAAACGAAGGAAGAUUCGGAGAGGGAUUAA